GCACCAGACUUCUUAGAGGACCUUAUUUUAAGCAAUUGUACCACUAGUAUGGUUUAAAACUUUUCUGUAUUAAAGGCUCAUGUGUAUAUGUAGAGUAGGUAUUACCAGUGGAUCAUAUUGAUGAUACAUGUAUAUGCAUGUUUGAUUUACACUUAUUCUUUAUCAUAUAUUUAGAUCAUAAUAUUUGUUUAUGCGUCCAUAAACUUUCAGUGUUUAAUAUCUUUAUCUAUGAUGUUGUACUGUACUAGCAUGUUUAUGUUGAUGAAGGGAAAUGGAUGUGUGUGUGUGACCUUAAUAUUUUGUGAAAAUACAAGAUUUUGUUUGAAGGGUAAUUUCUGCUGGGGUUGUAGUCUUGAUAUUUCUAUUUAUUAAAGGCUUAUGUAUAUGUGAUGUGUUUAUUGUAUUACCAGUGGAUCAUAUUGAUGAUACAUGUAUAUGCAUGUUUGAUUUACACUUAUUCUUUAUCGCAUGUUUAGAUCAUAAUAUUUGUUUAUGCAUCUAUUAACUUUCAGUGUUUAAUAUCUUUAUCUAUAAUGUUGUACUGUACUAGUAUGUUUAUGUUGAUGAAGGGAAAUGGAUGUGUGUGUGUGUGUGACCUUAAUAUUUUGUGAAAAUACAAGAUUUUGUUUGAAGGGUAAUUUCUGCUGUGGUUGUAGUUUGUUUUAUACUUUAAAAAAAUAAUAUUUAUAAAAGCUAACAAUUUGCUAUCUCACACUAGAUCUAUACUGAAUAAAAAUACCAUAUUUAGUACAGUAUACUAUAAUCCCCUACUGUAAUGUACCAGACCUAUUAUGAUACUUUGGGAGUGAGUAUACUAUGACUUCCUACUGGAGUAAUCUGAUAUAUGGUAGUCUGGUAGUAUUUGAACUGAUGGUUGUUGUGAUAAUGACAUUCUUAAUCACAUUAUUGUAAUGAGCUACUCUCCCUCUCUUCAUUUUAGCAUACCACAUUCUAGACAUUACGAAAACAACCUUACUCCCUCACUCUCUCUUUUCUAUUUGACUGUAUUUAUCAUAAUCACUGCUAAUAUACAUAAUUAUACUCUAAUAGAUUCAUUUUAUUUGUGCUAUAACACAUUAUCAAUGUUUAUUGUCACUGAAUGCUUUUAAUUAUCACAAGACAGUUCAUGUUUUGGCAAUAGAAUAACUGACUACUAUCAAACUGAAUGCACAUGUUUUGUAAAGGAAGGGAAGUUGUCAUGUGUUCUUAGUAGAGCCAACAUAAACUUUCAAUGCAUAUAUUACUCAUGUGAGUUGUUAUUUAUAGCCCAUAAAUGGGAAGAAACAUACUCAUACUAUUUAUACAUACCAAGCAUGCCAUUGGAUACUGUUCAUAUCUUCUUGUGUGUGUCUAUUCUUUGAAGAUGUUGAGGACAUUGCUUCUUCUUGCUGGCUUCCUCCUGUUGAGAGUUGAAGGACAAACUCCUCCUGCUUUGCCUAAUAAUAGUGUUCGGCUGUUUCUACCUUAUGAGGACAGGGCAAUACCUGAUUACUCUAUGAUAUAUGCUAGACAGUUUUAUAACGUUGAUCAGAAUAAUGAUGUUAAUAAUAUCAAUGAUGCUUUGUGGUGUCAGAGUGCUAACAAUGUCUCCAAUAUUGGAGUGUGGUAUUAUCCUAAUGGAACUGAAGUACCUCUAUUUGAUGGAAGUUUCACUGAUUCAUCAGCUCCUAGUCCAGUGUUCAGUAAGAGAUUCAGUGGUCAGAUUGCACUAGCUAGAAGAGCUGGAAUAUCAGGAUAUGAAGGUUUAUACAAUGUAGGCACUACUGCUUCAACAACAUUCAAUAUAACAUCAGGAUUGAUUGAAGGAAGUACAUACACUUUCUAUGUAGUAUCUUAUGGAUCAGCUUCUCUACCUAGUGGUAAUGCUUCAGUUAUACUUAUAAUUAGUUAUCCAGAGGUUAAUGAUUUCACAGCUACAGAAAUUACAAGUACUCCCAUUGCAUUAGCAUGGAGUCCACCAACUGAUGUAGUACCAACUAGUUAUAAUAUUGUUACUAAUUGUAGGAGAGUAUGUGAAUCAUCAUUCACUAGUACUAAUGAAACAUCAGUUACAUCACCACAUACUUCAACUGGUAUACCUCCUUACAGUCUAUGUACCUUUGAUCUUAUUGGAGUAUAUGAAGAUGAUACAGUAGCUUUCAAUGCUAGUACUGUAGCUACACCCUUUACUGGUAUGAUAUCAAAGUAG